UAAUUUAUUUUUUUAGGAAUUGAAUUUAAAGUUUUGGGGUUUUAAAUAGAACUUAGUAAGAGUUGAAUGACCUUAACUCAAUUAUUCCAAUUUUUAUUACCUCAUGGCAUUAUACCAACCAAGUUUUUUUCCUUGUCGGUUGGACUUGGAUAAGCCUUCAGAAGGCUCCCAAAAGCCCCAUUUUUUUUUCCUAUGCCAUCCUCUUCCACCUGCAUCUUUCUUUCUUCUAUCUUCAGCUAAGGUUAAGGUGUUUUUUUAGAUCAAUAGAUCAAGAUAGCAGCCUCUUAGUUUGACAGUUUUUGGCAUGGGACUCAUAUGUUCGUUGUAUGUAUAAGAUCCGUAGAUUGGAGUAGUAAUCACCAAUUGGGGAGUUUCGGUAGAGGUCCCGUAUACUCAUCGUACAUAGAAGAUAAAACCUCAUGCUUUUAAUAUGGAGGCGGAUCAAUGUGUUACCAAAACAACAAUUUGGCUUUUGAUAUUUUGAAAAGCUUUUGAGAAGAAUUUACCUUCAUAUGAUUUUGUGUAAAUUAAUUUUAUGUAUAUAAUAUUUAAAUUAAUUAAAUGAGCUUAGCCCAA